AUGUCUGUGAAGAGAAUAGCAUCUCCUUAAAGUAACAAAUGCCACUCAAAUGGUCGAUGCCAUGAGAUUAAGACCAAUCAAAGACUAGAUUGUUUUACUAGUACAAAUUGCAAAAUUGAUAAGAGCAGUAGACAUCAGUUAACUUAUGCUACGGAUCAAAGACAUUUGAAUUGCUUAACAAAUAAGACUUUGCUAAAAGAUAGAGAUUCUAAUCAGAGAAAAUAAAUGAUUAAUUAAUUACUACAAGAGAACAUAAAAUUGAAAGAGCAAAAUGAUAAAAAUAACAGAUUAAUAGAAAUGUUAAUCGAUGAAAGAACAGAUCUCAAACGAGUUACUAGUCUUCACAUUCCUCAUGAAAGAGAUAUUUAACAGUCAAAAACAAAUUUUAGGCUUUAAAGUCCAAGUUAAAUGGAAUUUACAUUUUAUAAAAGUCCUAGUAGAGGCCUGCCUAAAGAAUUCUAAAUAACUCCGUCUAGGAAAAUGUUUUUUUGAGAAUUAAAAAUACUGAUAUUUUAUUAAAUAUUUGCUCUAUAAUUA